AUGCAAGAAAAGAUGUAUGAGCAUUUAUGUAAUUCUUUAACCAUAGUUAAAAAUAAUGCUUCUUUUGACGAAUCCAAUAACUUUAACAUAAUAUGUAUUAAUAAUGAAGACGAUCUGAAUAUUAUGGAACAUAAGUUAACCGAAGAUGAAUCUUUCAAAAAAUCUGUAAUUAAGCAGUUAAGCCGUUUGAUGGGACACAAUAUACCUGAGACAGUAAGGAAAAUUAUGAAAACACUUUUUACGGAUUCGUUAUUAAGUGAAUUUUCUUAUAUUGGAUUCAAAGGAAAAAACAAUUUUUCAACACUAAAAACUUGUAAAGUCAUAUUUGAGUCCAUCCGGAAAAUGAAAAAAUUUUCAGACUCCACAGAUGUUGAAAUUGAAAAGCCACUAAAAAAUUGGAUGGCACAGGCCACUCCGCGGAUCAAAAAAAUGAUACAUGGAAAGAAUGAUUCACUUAAUACAGAAUUAUUGAAGUUAAAUUAA